GUCAUUUGAGUUAUUACUUUAUUACUUAUAGCCAAUUCUUUAAAUUAUGGCAACAUCAAAAAACACGUCAACUGAUUUAAAGCCGGAUAGUAGCGUAAAAUUAGCAAAUACUAACAAGAUUGCUCUAAAAGAUCUGCUACAGAAACGACUAGAUGAUUGUGGUUGGAGCUCAAGCGUUGAGCAUUUAGUUCGAAAGGCGCUCCAGGAAGAAAGCGAGGGAAACAUAAGCCAAGAGCAGCUUGUUGAACAGAUUAUUCCACUGGCUCGUGCCUUAGUUCCAGAGGAGAUUCAUAAGGAAAUGAUGAUACGUGUACGCGAAGCCUUAGAGUCUGAAUUGCCCGUUGAUAAGGAUUAAAGAAAAUGCAAAAGUUUAAAUUCUCGCACAUUUGUGAUUUAUUUAACUGUUAUUAAGUAUGUACAUGCUUAUAUAAUUACUAUUCGUGACUUUAAGUGCAAAUCUAUGUAU